UGUGAUAUUACCGAGGGACAGGAAAUCAAUUAAUUACAUGAAGAAAUUUAUGCCUCCCAGUCUGAUUGUAUUCGGUUGUUAAAUUAUUUAGUAUGGAUAAAAAGAAAUCUAAGCGACGGAGAUCUACAACGGAUAGUUCAAGCAGUUCAGAUUCUUCACAAGAGAAAAAAAAGCUCAGGAAACUAAAGAAAAAACUGAAGAAAGAGCAAAGGAAAACUGAAAAGAUUUUGAAGAAAAAACUUAAAGAUGAAAAGCACAAAUUGAAAAAAAUUAAGAGAACGACAAGCGAAAGCUGCAGUCGGGACGACGCUGAAACACUUACAGAUAGUCUCCCUGCUGAUAUUCCUCUUGAUUUGAUGGAGAGAUCAAAGGCCAUGGCUCCCAUGACAAAAGAGGAGUGGGAAAAACGCCAAAGUGUAAUCAAGAGAGUCCUUGAUGAAGAAACCGGCAGAUAUAGAUUAAUUAAAGGAGAUGGAGAGGUAUUAGAAGAGAUAGUGUCACGGGAUCGUCACAAGCAAAUAAACAAACUAGCGACACAGUCUGAUGGAGCCUUUUUUCAGUCGCAGAUGAUUGAUAGAAAACACAAUUAAUAUAUUUUAGUUUUCAUCACAUACAAUGUAUUUUCCUGAAGUGACAGGGUUCCAAAAAAAAGAUAAUUAAAGCUAGUGUCUGUGUCUAGUGCCAUCUGCAGAGAUAGUGUUGACAAGUGAGUACAUUGUGUGUGUAUUAUUUAUAAUUUAUAUGAAUGUGUAUGUUCUAAUAAAGAACUGAAAUAUAAAGUU